GUGCUAGAUAUCCCAUCAUGUCUCGGAGAGCCAAUAAGUCAGUGAAGGGUCCCGCGACCAAGAGCGACCAGGAGCGGAGGAGAGAGGAGCGAGCGACGAAGGCCGCGUACCGGCGGGAGAGAAAGGCCAGGUCGUACCUCGAGGACGAUGAGAACUUUGCGGGGUUCGCGAAUCAGCUGGCCGUGAUGGGGCUAAAGAUACGGGACAUCCCCGGAGAUGGGAACUGUUUGUUCCGAGCGUUGAGCGAUCAGCUGGAGGGUCACAGUAACAACCACCUGCAGCACAGAAGGGAGGUGGUGGAGUACAUCAUACAGCACAGGCAGGAUUUUGAACCUUUUGUAGAGGACGACGUCCCGUUUGACAGACAUGUUGCAGAGUUAAGGAAACAUGGCACUUACGCUGGAAAUGAUGCCAUUGUUGCCUUUGCCAGACUACAUGGUGUGAAUGUUGUCAUCCACCAGCUGAACAAGCCACUGUUUCAUGUGAAGGGUAGUGACCGGAGGGACUCUCCAGAGCUGCACAUCUCGUACCAUAACGGUGAUCAUUACUGCAGCGUCAGGAGGGCAGCCGACAACUCUGACAGACCCGCAAAUGUCAAAAUUGCACCAGGAGCAGGGGAAGAUAGGGGACGGCACAGACAAAACGAUCGUCAUACCAACAGGCCAGACUACAGAUCAGACUAUCCCAUCAUCAGUGACUUCACAGCUGAGGAACUGUCCUUCCUGAGUGAAGACAGGACAGACAUGGAGGAGUUUGUUAUGAACAGUACAGGCUGUCAGGACUUGCGACUUAUCCGUGAAACUCUAGAAGACCAUCAUUAUGAUUUGGAGAGCACAGUAGACUUCAUCACACAGAUCAUGUUCCUCAACAGUGAAAAUGCUCCUGAUAUGCCAAAGAAGCUCGCUAGGAGUCCCUCCUCGGACUACAACAUUAACCAGAGAACAGCGAAUUCCCACCUCUGGUCGGAGGACGGCACCGCGAACAGGGUCUUCGGUGGUACGGGGAGCGUCAGAAGUACCAGUAGUCACUCCAGCAGUGGUGGCAGUGACAGCAGUAGGGGGGCAGGGGGAGGGGCGAGGGCGAAGGUACACUCACAACAGAAGCAACCUCAAACUAAGGUACGCAGGGGACAGGUGAGAUUGGAGAAGAAGAAACGACAAGAGGAGAGACACAGACAGAAAGUAGUCGGUAACAGACAGCAGGAUGAGCAAAACGAAGAUGCCAACACAGUUCUCGUUAAAGACAUGAGCUUACUCAGCAUAUAAUAUAAUAAUGAAGCCAUCCAGAAACAAUGUACAUGUAUAGGUUAUAAUAUAGGAGAUUUGAGUCUGUCUCUUCUACCAUCUCUGGCAAAAAUUAAACAGAAAUAUUCAAAGAUAUUUAAAACUUCUCAACCAUCCAUUUGAAAGUGACAUCUUU